UAUUUAUCAAACUAAAAAUAUAUGUUCCGAGUUUAACAUAUGUUGAUGUCUUACACUAAUACAAUAUUGAUAUAUUGUGCCGACGAGGUAUCAGUAUUGUGUCUGAAAUAUGGAAUAAGAAAAGUUGGAUGGUUGAAUUGGGCAAAGACGGAGGAGUUUGGAGAGAAGAAAAAGUGAGAAAUGAUGGAGAGACAGAAAAGUGAAAGAUAGAGGGAGAGAAAGAAAGGGCCAAAUUUGGAUAUUUUGGGUAUAAAAUUAAAUAUAUAUGAGUAAGGGGUAGUAGAAGUUAGGGGGUGAUCAUUUAAUGCUGUAACAUAGCCUAUUGGUUUUUGGGGUAUUGGACGGUAGGGUAGGGAGGGGCCUGUUUGGUGCUUUGUUUUUCGUUUGUAACGCAUUAAUUGCCAGAAAACAGAGGGUGAAGGGUGGAAGAAAGAAGAGGUGGAUUUAGAGAGAGAAAAAGAGAGUUAUAGUUGACCAUAAUGAAGAAGCAAACAAUUACCAACUUGAAAAGACACUCUUGCUUUCUCUUCUCUAACCUUUUGAACUUAGGCUCUUCGAGGGUACUGUUAUGUAUAACUACGGUAUAAUUCAUAUUAUAACAAUGGAUAACACAUGAAUUGCACAGGUUCCUGCUGAUCAUUUUCUGAUCCGAUUGGUCUCUUUGAUUUAAAAUAAUUCAAGUAGUAUUGUUUGUUGCGGUUCGGAAAAUUCAACAAUGUAUUCAAUUAGAGUGAAUUAGGUUUCUUCCAUUCAAAAAUGGGCGUUGAGUUGGAAUCGUUUGAGUUCAACGAUAGUGAUCAAAACUCCGCCGGCUACAAAUCACGGAACCAAAAAGCAAAGGAACAUGAGAACAAAGGCUCGAAGAAUGUAAAGUCGGUGGAUUGUAUGGCUGAACCAAAACUAGAAUUUUAUAACAGCGAGAUCGAUUUGAAAAACGAUUGUGAAGCUCAUGUGGUCGGCUUAGUUGAGCCAAAAUCUCCUUCUUCCAAGGAUAAAAGAGGCUUAGAUCCAUCGCCUUAUGACAUUGACUCGGUAGCUUGCAUGACUAUGCCAAAACUUGAAUUUUAUGACAGCAUGGUUGAUUUGAAAAGUGAUUAUGAAUCAAAGGUAAUGAACUCAAUUGGUCCUGUAUCUCAUUCUUCCAAUGAUAUAGGAUCAUUUAUGAAGUUUGCAAAUGAUAAACAAUCGGUUAGAAAGUCCUUCGAUUCACCAAGCUCCGAUCCUCUGCAAGCUGAUACAUUUCAGAGUUCGGUGGACGUCUUUGUAGACCAAACUGUUACGAAAUGUGAACCGGAACAGGUAGUUAGUUACGAUGAGAAUAGUUACCAUGUUGUGAAGGAUAUCUGUGUUGAUAAAGGAGUCCUUACAAAGCAUAAGUUUGUGUUUGAAGAAACCAAUGACGAAAAGGUUUACAAUUUCUUCCCAUUGGAAAGUUUUGAUAAUAACCAAAAGCAGAACGACGAUGCUGGUAUCAAGGAAUUAAAUCGACCUACAACUGAGGAGUCUGACCAUGUGAUGCUCAAAGACGGCGAUGAGAUUGAAGAUCUUAGUAAUAAUGUCACCAAAGCGAUGGAUUUACAUGAUGACGCGAAGGAUUAUGUACCUACUGAUGACAAGGAUGAACAGCACUCUGGCGAACCUGAUUUUCUCUCGCAAUCCAAAGAUUCGAAUAAUAUGGUUGAGCAAGCAGUAUUGGCAACUCCUGCUCUGGGAUUAGCCAUUGAUGAAUUGAACAGUGACGGCACUAGAAGCUUGGCUUAUCAUUUUGGCUCUUCAGCUCCUGCAGGUUGUGUUAAAAACGAAUUUCACCAACUUGAAGGCUGUAACUGCAAUGAAACUCAACUACCUUUUAUGACUGUAAAAGGUUCAUCUAAUGAUUUUGCUGAAAUUCAUCAAUCUGAAACAACUCAGAAUCGUUGUGGCUUAGGCGAAUCGAGUUUCUCUGCUGCAGGCGCUGUAUCUGGUCGUAUAAGUUACUCAGGGUCGAUACCUUAUUCCGGAAGCAUUUCUAUUCGUUCCGAUAGCAGCACAACCAGCACCCGAUCCUUUGCUUUUCCAAUACUGCAAUCUGAAUGGAAUAGCAGCCCAGUCAGAAUGGAAAAACCUGAAAGGAGUCGUUACCGGAAGCACCGCAAUUGGAGGAAUGGUCUUCUUUGCUGUAAAUUUUAAGAGAUUAAUUAAUUUCUCUUAUAAUAGGUUUAAAAUUAAAGUUUAUAUAUACCAUUUAAAUUUUACUUGCAUAGUUGUUCUCAGUCUGCAGUAAGUUUAGAGUGCCUACUGCACAGUUAGUACUCAGUGGUGAUUUAGCUAUACAUGGUUUUAUUGAUUUUUUUGUUUUUUGUUUUUUUUUUAAGUUUCAAUAGUGAACAAUUGGUGGUGGAUAUAAAUUUUGCAUCAUUUUAUGUAUAACUGAAAUCUCCUAAAUUAUAAGUUAGGUAGUUUAAUUAUUAAAGCCUCUUGAUUUGA